UGUAAGAAUUUAGCCGGUGAAAAAUCCAAAAGUCUUAUUUCAUUUCGCAUUUCCUUCCUUCUAAUUCAUUGCCUCCUCUUCAGUCGUCACCAUUUCCUUCUUCUUCUUCUUCCUUCGAUCUACCGACCAAUCAUUGACUCGCAAUCUUCUUCUUCUUUCGUCGCUUCCUUUCUCAUCGUGAAUGGAAGCCUCUUCCUCAUCACCUUCGUCGUCGUCGGUGACGGUGGCUACCGGUGAUAGAUUCAGACUUCAUGACCGCCUGGAGUUGCUGGAAUUUGCGGACAAGUACGUCGUCAAAUCCUUUGAAUCUCCAAAUCGAGGCUUCUCAAUCAGUCGUGAGGACGGAGACAUCCAGCCUCUCGACGGUGCCGAUGUUGAUCCUCCGGUCCGACCGUACCGAACCUCCACAAUCUACGGUGUGGCAGGAACUAUAAGAUUGGUUGCAGGCACUUAUAUUCUGGUAAUAACCUCUCAAAAGGAAGUGGGGGAGUUCCUUGGUUUUCCUGUUUUCCGGGUAAUGUCUAUGCAGUUUCUGCCCUGCAACGAGGCACUGAAAUUUUCCACUUCAGAAGAAAAGAGAGACGAGGCUUACUUCAUGAAUCUGUUGAGAAUUGUGGAAUCAACUCCUGGAUUGUAUUAUUCAUACGACACAGACAUAACAUUGAACUUACAGAGAAGAUGCAAAUUAUCUGAUGGGUGGAUGGCUAAACCGAUCUGGAAGCAGGCAGACCCUCGAUUUGUUUGGAACCGUAAUCUAUUGGAGGAUCUCAUAGAGGCAAAGCUUGACGAAUUUGUUAUUCCUCUGCUCCAAGGAAGCUUUGGAGUUGCUGAGCUAAAGCUGAAAGACACACCUGUUACAUUAACUCUAAUUUCAAGGAGGUGCACAAGGCGUCUUGGGACAAGAAUGUGGAGAAGAGGAGCUAACCUUCAAGGAGACACUGCUAAUUCUAUUGAAACCGAGCAAUUGUUGGAGACCGAAGGUUUCAGGUCAUCAUUUUUGCAGUUUCGAGGUUCAGUCCCUCUUCUUUGGGAGCAAAUUGUAGACUUAAGCUAUAAACCACGACUUAGAAUUAUUGACAAUGAGCAAACGCCGAAAGUUGUGGAGCGUCAUUUCCUUGAUCUUUCGCAACGAUACGGGGAUGUUGUGGCAGUUGAUUUGACUGAUAAACAUGGCGAUGAAGGUCUUCUAAGUGCUGCAUAUGCUAAUGAAAUGAAAACGCUUCCAAGUGUGAGGUAUUGCUCAUUUGACUUUCAUCAUUUCUGUAGCAACUCAAACUUUGACAAACUACAGAUUCUAUAUGAUCAGGUCUCAGAGGAUUUUGAAAAGCAAGGAUACUUCCUAGUAGACGAUGCAGACGGGGAAAUACUAGAGGAACAGAAAGGUAUUAUCAGGUCAAAUUGCAUUGACUGCCUUGAUAGAACAAACGUCACUCAGAGUUUUCUUGCCCAAAAAUCUUUGACAAUACAAUUACGAAGAGUUGGUGUUCUUGGUCCGGAUGAGAGCUUUACCAAUUUUAGCAAGGAGUAUGGGAAGUUCAGAACAUUGUGGGCUGAGCAAGGUGAUGAGAUAAGCCUUGGAUAUGCUGGAACUCAUGCCUUAAAAGGGGACCUUGUAAGAUAUGGAAAGCAAACUUUAGGUGGCAUGAUUAAAGAUGGGAUGAGUGCCCUUUCAAGAUACUACUUGAACAAUUUUCAGGAUGGAGUCCGACAGGAUGCUCUGGAUCUUAUAAGUGGCCGCUAUAGCGUGAGCAGACAGUCCCCUUCGCCAUUCCGGCUCAAUGGAUUUGAAUCUCUCUCUUAUCUCCCAGUAGCAUCAGCCUUGCUCAUUGGAGGAUUGACAGUAACAUCUUUCACGCUCCAACAGGCGGGGAGAAAUGCACAGCAGUACUUAUCGACAGUACUGUGGGCCGGGGUGACCGCCGGAGUAAUGGCGGCCGUGAAAGCAAAUGGGAGGCAGUUCUGUUCCAGGCCUCGCUUGUGUGGCCUUCUCUGAGAAAUAAAUAAGCCAGUGGUAGCUAGCAGGAACCAAGGCACACGUCAUCUCUGCCAAAUGGUUAAAUGUUGUAUAGAAGCAAAAAUUGGAGAAUAAAAGGGCAUGUGGAAUAAGAACAUCCCAAUGUAUGUUUGCUGUAUUAUUUCCUGGAACUCAGGGGUUAGAAACACUGAAAACUAGUGACGUCAUGGUCACGCUGUGGAGUUGGAGUGCUAAAUUUUGGGGAGGAAGGGGCAGUUGGUGAACUGUAGGUUUUCGUCAGGUUAUGUUUGAGUGGAACUGUGGAAGGAAUCACAAAGGUUCAACGAAUAUAGAUGAGUUGUGUCA